UCUGAGUUUAAGAUCGCAAUCAGUGUUUUCUCCAACAGACAUUUUGAGAUAAUACUAAGUAAAUUUUUCUAAAUAAAGAUGGUAGACACACAUGAUUUAUUUAAAAAACUUGGUUGUGGUGCGAAAUUUGAUUUAAAGCGAUUUAAAGAUGAUGCUGACAAAUUUCAGAUUAUCAACAAAUACAAGAAAGCAGAUAUCACUAGUGAUGCAGCAGAGGUAUUGGAUUUCUUUGGCAGCAAAACCAAUCACACAACAACACAUCAUGCAGAUGGUAAAAAAACAGAAAAUAAAGAAGACACAAUUGAAAUUGAAACACUGGGUAAAAAGAAAAAGAAAAUUAAAAAAAUUAUUUUAAAUGAUGAGGAAGGGCAAGAUGAAAGUGAUAUACAAUUAUUGCGUGGAGCUAAAAAGAAAAAGAAGAUCUCCGAAAUAAAAGAAAAGAAACUAAACAAAGAUCAACUCAAAGAAAAACACAUGGAGAAAAUCAAUCUGUUUCGCAAAGAGCAUAAAAUAUAUAUUCAUGGCUCUGACAUUUCUGAUCCUAUAAAAUGUUUUAAGGAUUUGCGGAAAAGAUAUGAAGUUUCAAGCGUAAUUUUAAGAAAUAUUACUACUAAUAACUACACAACACCAACACCGAUACAAAUGCAAGCUACACCCCUAAUGCUGCAGAAUCGUGAGCUUUUAGCUUGUGCACCAACUGGAAGUGGUAAAACGCUAGCUUUCAUAAUUCCACUGUUAUGUCACUUAAAGGAACCAAGAAAAGUUGGAUUUCGUGCAGUAGUUAUUUCACCUACCAGAGAACUGUCACAGCAGAUAUACAGAGAAUUUGUACGCAUGAAUGAAGGGAUCGGGUUCAGGAUACACACGUUAUCGAAGGCUAAAGCAUCAUCAAAUAACUUUGGUCCCAAUUCGUCCAAUAAAUUAGAUAUUUUAAUAGCAACUCCAAACAGACUUGUUCAUCUUUUAAAACAAGAUCCACCUGGCAUAAAUCUAAGCAAUGUGGAAUGGUUAGUUCUCGACGAAGGUGAUAAAUUAUUUGAAGAAGGUGAUACAGGAUUCAGAGAACAGGUCGCUAUGAUAUAUCAAGCUUGUGACAAUCCAUCCAUUAAACAUGCGCUGUUCAGCGCUACAUUAGCCAAUCAGGUGGAAGAAUGGUGCAAACUUCAUCUUGAUAACGUUGUCAGGGUAACAGUCGGUGCAAGAAACUCAGCCACAGACACAGUGAAUCAGGAACUAAUGUUUGUUGGUCAAGAAUCUGGAAAACUGCUUGCCAUGAGACAAAUAAUUCAAAAGGGAUUUCAACCGCCUGUUCUUGUCUUCGUGCAGAGCAAAGACCGAGCUAAAGAACUUUUUAAUGAACUGAUAUACGAUGGUUUAAAUGUCGACGUCAUACAUGCAGAUCGAACACAAGCACAGCGAGAAAAUGUUGUGAAGUGUUUCCGAACUGGCAAGAUCUGGAUUUUGAUUGCAACAGAACUAAUGGGGCGCGGUAUUGACUUUAAAGGAGUGAACAUGGUUGUGAAUUAUGACUUUCCACCCACUGCUGUCAGCUAUAUACAUAGAAUAGGUCGAACAGGUCGAGCAGGAAGAAAAGGGAAAGCUAUCACAAUGUUUACUGAAGACGAUGUAGUUAAUCUCAGAAGCAUUGCAAAUGUUGUGAGGUCGUCUGGGUGUGAUGUGCCAGCAUGGAUGCUACAAGUAAAAAAACCGGACAGACGAACGAAGAAGAAACUGGAGAAAGCGCCGUUAAAACGUGCCCACAUCAAUACAAUAUCCAAAUAUGACCAACAACACACUAACAAAAGAAAACAAAUGAUUGAAAUGUCGAAAGCAAAGAAAAGUAAAAACACGUGACGGAAAAGUUAACAAGUGUUUUCUUACUAUGUCACACUUAAUCGUCAGCAAACGCGAUUGGAAAUAUUUUUGCUAAAUAAAUAUAUCAAAUACAUAAA